AUGACCGAUGACGAGUCUUUUGAAGGAGACGAUUGGGAUAGCUUGGAUGUGCAAGCAGUAGAUAAAAUUGAGCACGAAUUACAAAACAACAAUGUUGGAUUGCAAGGGUAUUCAGUUGAUGAAUAUAUAGAAGCGCAUAAUCAGGAGCCACUUCGAUUACAGCACGAACUAGAUCGAGAUGCUGCUCAACAAUGGGUCUAUCCAAUCAAUGUGUCAUUUCGAGAUUACCAAUUCAACAUUGUUAAAAAAGCACUCUUUCAAAACGUCCUAGUUGCUUUGCCAACAGGUCUUGGUAAAACCUUUAUAGCUGCGGCGGUGAUGAUGAAUUACUUGCGAUGGUUUCCCAAAAGUUAUGUUAUUUUCAUGGCUCCUACGAAACCCCUAGUGACCCAGCAAAUGGAAGCUUGUUACAAAAUAACAGGAAUACCACGAAAGAAAACGGCCGAAUUAAGUGGCCAAGUACAGGCUGGCAUCCGAAAUCAGUACUAUCAAGAAAGGAAUGUAUUCUUCGUCACUCCUCAAACACUUUUAAACGAUUUAAAACAUGGAAUUUGUGAUCGCACAAAUAUAUCGUGUUUGGUCAUUGACGAGGCACAUCGCAGUACCGGAAACUAUGCUUAUGUAGAGGUUGUUCGUCUGUUGUACUUUGGGAAUAAAAACUUUCGAAUCCUGGCAUUGAGUGCAACUCCUGGAAGUAAGAUUGAUACUAUUCAGAGCGUUAUAGAUUCACUGCAUAUUUCUUGUAUAGAAGUUCGUAACGAGAACAGCAUUGAUAUCGCACAAUACGUACAUAAAAAGGAAGUAGAUCGAAUUCUAGUGGAUUUGUCCCCUGACAUAAUAGACUUGAGGGAUCGGUUUGCUUCUCUUUUAGAGCCAAUGCUAUUAAAACUGAAUCAAGGAAACCUUUACCGAGUACAAAACGCUAGAGAAAUCAAUUCGUUUACUUUGGUACAAGCAAAACAAGCUUUUUUGGCGACUUCCGGACAAAACUUUGCAAAUAACCAACGUUGGGAUAUUUUGAAUACAUUCGAUGCGCUUGCUACGUUUGCAUAUCCUCUCAAUCUUUUAUUAAAUCAUGGCGUUCGUCCCUUUUGCGAAAAGCUUCACGAAAUUGAAGAAGAAUGCUCAACCGGGCGAGCAGGUUAUAAGAGAAGGGUUUUGUCAAAUCCUGAAUUUAAGUCGUUGCUAGACGAUACUAAAAGUUUGCUUCAAAAUAACGAUUAUUAUGGGCACCCAAAGCUUGAACAUUUGCAAGAAAUUGUAGCUAAUCAUUUUGGUACGGAAAAUAAAGACAAUGAAGAUACAAGAAUCAUGAUUUUCGUCGAGAUUCGAUCUAGUGCUGAGGAAAUAUUUCGCAUACUAAGUCGCAGCUAUCCUACAGUGAGGCCUGCAAUUUUUAUCGGUCAAUCUUCAGUUAAAAAAACUACAGGAAUGUCGCAGAAAUCGCAAAAUGAAACAGUGAGACAGUUCCACAAAGGUGAUGUUAACACAUUGAUAGCUACUUCAAUAGGUGAAGAAGGUUUGGAUAUUGGAGAGGUCGACAUGAUUAUCUGCUACGACGCCUCGGCUUCUCCGAUUCGAAUGCUACAGCGAAUGGGUAGAACUGGAAGAAAACGUAAAGGUUAUAUAUACAUGCUGUUGACGCGUGGAAAAGAAGAAGCUAAAUGGGAGCGCGCCAAAGACGCUCAUAGAACAAUUCAAGAUAAUAUCAUCCAUGGGAGAGGACUCGUUUUAUCUGACAAAUCUCAUAGAAUUCUUCCUAAAGAAAUUCAGCCUUUGUGUGAAAAAAAGGUUGUGGAGAUUCCAGAAGAAAAUGCUGCUCCUCUUGUGGGUUCAAAAGAUAAGGAAAAGCAAAAACAAAAAACAAAAAAGAAAUUUUUUAUGCCAGAGAAUGCCUUACAUGGUUUUAUACAAGUAUCAAGUCUUACAAAACCUAAACGGUCGUCUAAAGUUGAAGAUACCUUUGAAAUUACUGAAGACGAACCUACUGCUGAACAUAACGAAAAACUAAUUUAUUAUAGACAAGUACCAAAGAGGACGAUAGAUAUACAUAAAGGACGAGAUUUCAAAAACAUGAAUACGACAAGCAGAGUCCCCCACUCCUUGGCUUUCAAAUGCAUACAAUCUUUUUUAAAUAAUAUGAAUCGAUAUAAAGAUUCCUCAAUCUCUUACAAAUGGAAAGAGAUAUUUCAAAAGAGUUUAGAAGAAGAAAGCACGAAUGACUUUUCUCACAAGAAACCAAAGAUUUCUAAUCUAAAUCUGAAAAAACACUUUGAUGCUACCUUAGCAAGAGAUUCUAGAAUUUUAUCGAAAGGGAGAUUAGAGCACCGAAAAUUAUACCACUCGAAAAACGGUGUUGAUGCAUCAAAUCUAGAAGAAAAUAUAGAGAAAGAUCUUCCGAGUUUGAACCUCACGUCUUCUCAAAACCACACAAACACUGAUACCAACUCCUCUUACGCAGAUAGACAACGUCGACUACAGCAACUAGUAGAAAGGCGUAAACGAUCGAAAGGAAUGUGGGUAUAG